UCGCGGGCCUGCAUGAGCACGUUCAUCCGCGCUUCGUCAUUCUGGAACACCGCAAGCUACAGAAGAAGCUGUUUCCGUGGGACUGCGACAGGUGUGCAACAUGGGCAACUCCUUCCGGCAGCUGUACAUAAUACUUUGGAAGAAUGUCUACAUAAGUGGCAUCCGACGCCACUACUCGUGGACCGUGGUGGAAUUGCUCUUCGUGGCUGCAACGCUGUACGGCGUGUGGAACGACGCCUUGGAGAUCAGGUACGGAGACCCCGUGCCGGCCGAGGUCUUCCCACGCGUCCACCCUCUUCAGCUGUGGCCCAAGGACGUCAGCACGCUCAUCUACACGCCCAAUCAAGCUUUCGUCUCGCAGGUGAUGCGAAGCGUGUCUCACGAACUAUUUAUUCCGUCGUUGAAAGCCGUGUCCACCGCUGAUGAAGUCGUCGGGCUCAUGGAAGCCGAUGCAGAAUCAAAGGUCGGCAGUCGUUGCUUAGCCAUUGUCUUCGAAGAUCCGGCUUUGAACCCUGACAAGCUGCCUGAACAAGUUCGCUACCACAUCAGAUACAAAGGGCUUCGCUUCGACAUCAACCUCGAUUACUUGCAGAAGCUUGAGCUUCCAGGCCCGUCGCAGUGGGAGGCUUUCAAAGAAACUACGGCCCUGCUUCCAGUGCUGUACUCGCUUGAGAAGAACUUCUUGCAGGUGGUUGCCGCAGCUAGGAAUAUAAACGUCAACGCCAUGAACGACAUUCAGCUUCAGCGGUUUCCAUACCCACGCUACUACACCGAGGAAUUCGAUCGGUCGUACACCACCCUAGUGUUUCGCUUUGGCACCGCCUUCUUGGUGCCCUUCACCAAAAUCGUCGCCAGGAUCACGGGAGAGAAGUGUUCGGGCAUGCGGGAGCUUCUCCGAAUCGCCGGCACGAAUGAGCUUGUCUACUGGGGCAGUCAUUUUCUGAGCAGCUGCAUGUCCAUGACUCUAAUGGUGUGCGUCGCCAUGCUCUUCCUCUUCCUUCUGGGUCCGGAUCCCGUUGUGAGUUACUCCGACCCGGCUCUCAUCUUCAUCGUGCUCCUCAUGUUUUCCAACGUCACCGUCCUGCACGCAAUGUUCCUCUCUGUCCUGCUAACCAGCAGUCGGCUGUCCAUAAUUUUCUCGCUCCUGUACUGGACCUGCUGUCUGGCGUUCCCUUACAGUAUCCUACAGAACCCAACGGGUCACGGAUACUACCUGCAGACCAGAGCCUCGAAGGUCCUGUCUUCUGUCUUCCCCUGCAUGGGUCUUCACUGGUCACUCAAAGUCAUCGAGCGCUACGAAAGAUUCCGUGGCGGACUAACAUGGAGUAACUUCAAUGACCCUUCCAUAACGCUGGACAACAUCAGUGUGUCUGAUCUCAUGCUGGUGAACUUAGCCACGUGUCUGUUGAUGACCUUCUUAAUCUGGUACACGGAUAAUAUCAUUCCAUGGGGCCCUGGCAUCCAUAGGCCAAUGUGGUUUCCGUUCAUGAGAAGCUACUGGGCACCUCAGACGGAAGUCGCAUCGUCUUACAGAAGCGUCAACCCCGAUCCUUCAAUGUUCGAGAACGAUCCUACAGACAUCGCUCCCUCUAUCCAACUAGUGAACAUCAAGAAAACCUUCUACGGACCGUUCCUCCUCCAUCACAUCAACUUGAAAAUAUUCCGUCACCAGAUAACCGUUCUGCUCGGACCUUGCGGCUCUGGAAAGUCGACGAUGAUCAACAUAAUAACCGGUUUGGUGCUUCCCAGCAGUGGCGCAGUGAUCGUGGAGAAUUACAACGUCGUCACGAAUACCAGCGAAGCACGUGAACUGAUCUCGUACUGCCCACCGCAUAACGUCCUCUUUAACGAACUUACGGUCGAGGAGCAUCUCCUGUUCUUCGCAAUGCUUAAAGGAAUGAGCUUGAAUAGGAUCCGGCAAGAAAUUAAUCUCCUGUUGGCAGACAUUCAGAUGCCGUCGUACAUGCAUUACCUACCCCCAACCCUAGCGGACGGCAUGCGACGAUUGCUCUGCGUUGCCAUCACGCUUCUGGUAGGGGCGAAGUGCAAGAUAAUGGUCUUCGACCAGCCUACCGUUAGCAUGGACCCCAGCACUCAGCGAGAGGUCUGGGAAUUGCUGCUCAAGGCUCGCCGGAACUGUUGCAUCCUGAUCGCUACCCAGAACCUCGCGGAGGCAAACGCCUUAGCGGACAAGAUUGCCAUUGUCAACAAAGGCCUUCUCUGGUGCUGCGGUUCCCCGAGUUUUCUCCGGGACCGUUUCGGCGCAGGCUACUGCAUCAGGAUCCACAAGGACGCUCAAUGCAAUAGCCCGGCCGUUGAGGAGCUGUUGCGUAAACACAUCCCGCAAGUAACAGUGAAGCUGGACACUAGCUACGAGGCGGAAUACGCGAUCGGACCUAACCCCGGGACUCGGCGUAUGGUGGCGAUGUUUAAGGAACUGGAUAAGGAGAGGGACAACCUGAAGAUAGCGUCCAUGAGUGUCAUGGUGACGACGCUUGAGGAUGUUCUCAAUAAGGCGACGCAGGAGGCCACACUCGAACAAGUCGGCAUUGAGAGCGCUCCACAGCAGGAAGACUCCUCCGAAAUCGACAUUCCUGCUACGCAAGUGAAGUGUGCACCACCUAGCGGCACGCGUCUGUUCACAGCUCUUCUGGCGAAGCGUUUCCACCAGUGGAACCGCGACUGGCAUUCGCCCAUCCCACGGUGGGUGGUCCCCGUGGCCGUGCUCUUGCUGUCUGGCUUCUUGCAGCUCCGCUACCGCAGGCCAGCCUUGACCGUCGACGAUGAGCUGCUCGAAAAUCAACUAAGUUACAUCCCACGACGGGUGUUCAGCAAUAUAGCUAGCUUCUUGGUGGCCAACGCCGGUGUUGACGGAAUUGAAAAACAGUUGGUGGACCUCCUCCACGAUGCCGAAAACAUCCAUCUUGUGAACAUGCAGAGUGACCGCAUAAAUUCGCGCCUGUUGGAUUACGCCGAAGAUAAUCCUCGGCAAUAUGUGUACCAGCUUCAAUUCGGGUACAUUGUGAGCGGUAGAUCAAUGGUCACGAUCUGGUUCAACGGACAGUGUCCCCAUUCAGCACCGCUAGCAGUAAGCAUGUACCACACAGCUGUCCUGCGCAACGUCACAGGCAGCAGGAAAAUCAGUUUUGUCCCCAUCAACAAGCCCUUCAUGAACGACACCCAGGCACCCGAGCUAACCAGCUUCGAAGAGCUCUUGAGCGUCUUCAAGUCUGGCUUCGGCACGCCUAAAGACACGACAACCCGAGAACGCAUUGUCCUCAACCUCAUGACUGCCGUCUUCGUGCCCCUUUCCCUCUGCUUUCACGCUGCCAGCUUCGUGGUGUACCCCAUAUCCGAACGCAUCACGAGGUUCAAGCACCUGCAACUCAUGACUGGGCUGCCUGGCUCACUAUAUUGGUUCAGCAACUUCACCUUCGAUGUCAUGCUAGUGGUACUAUGUGCUAUCCCGUUUAUUCCGGCUAUGCUGUUCAACCACCGAAUUUUGAUCGGUGCUGAAUUUACUGGUGGACUGUUCGUGCUGUUCCUCCUUCACGGCGUGGCUGUUAUUCCCUUUACGUAUCUAACAUCUCCACUCUUUCACGACGGUUCUCUCGGACUUUCAGUUUUGGCCGUCUGCCUGUUCAUCGGGGGAACCUUAGGUUCCCUCGAGCGAGUGCUCCGACAAGUGACAAGUGAUGAAUCCUGGUUCACGAUGUUCCUUUCUAAACUUUUGGACGUCGCCUGCGGUUGUCUACCCACGUACACGUUGACGCGGGGUGUUCUCAAAUUGCGGACUUUGAGCCGAGAGAAUCAAGUCUGCAACGUCAACAAGGAACACCUGCUUCACAUCUGUAGAGGUGCCGAGCUGGAGAACACCGUCUCGUUGCAGUACUGUUGUCAAGCGGUCCUCCACCCAAACUCUACCGAAGGCAGGAGAACAGCAGUGCACCCGCUUGAUCUGAAGAGCGGCAGUGUGACACUUGAAUGUGUCUUGUUGCUUCUCGAGGGUCUGGUACUCCUCACGCUAGUCUCCGUUAUGGAGACCGAAAACUUCCGUCGGCUACGUCGUGUGGUCCGAGACAUGCUGUAUGGAAUUUCGGAGACUACUGCAGUCCAGCCGCCAUCUCUCGAAGGGCCGCGACUCUACACCAGCGCAUUGGACUCUGAUGUGCGGGAAGAAUCCACACAAGUCGAAAAAGCGUGCACACCCGACGGUGCGGCGUCGAAGGCACUGCUAGAGUGGGCGCUGGUUGUGAGGAAACUCACCAAGCGGUACGGUCUCCGGAAGUCCUUAGCGGAUGUGAGCUUCUUGCUCAAGCCCAGUCAGUGUCUGGGAAUCAUCGGCGUGACCGGAGCCGGAAAGACGGAAAUGAUGCAGAUGCUGACCGGCGUCACCGAGAUUUCUUCAGGAGAUGCCUACAUCGGUAACGCGUCCUUGACGGAUGAACCAACAAAGUUCCUCGCACAGGUGGGAUACUGCCCAGAAACUCUGGGCCUGCCAGAUCACAUGACCGGCAGACAACUUGUCACUCUGUUCUCGGCACUUCGAGGGGUACCGAAAGAAUCGAUGGACAGCGCAGUGGCCAACCUGCUAGCUCUCAUGGACCUUGGCAAGGUUGCAGAUCACGACAUUGCCAUUUACACGCAAGGCGACAGACGCAAGUUAUCCAUUGGCAUAGCCAUUGUGGGAACACCAAAAGUGGUAUUCCUGGAUGAACCUGGAACUGGUGUGGAUGUCUCUGCACGUUCCCAGAUCAGCAGGAGCCUCACCAUCAUCCGGGACAUAACGGAUAUAUCUAUAGUCUUAACGUCAAACAGUAUCCGGCAGUGCGAAGUGCUUUGUGACCGCAUCGCUCUGCUGCUAUCCGGUCAGUUCGAGUGCAUCGGGACUGUGGACGAACUCAAGAGCAAAUUUGGCCGUGGCUACACCAUAACCGUGAAGACUCGUCAAGAAUACGUCGACGACUCUGAGUUCUUGGAGGACUUGACGCACGACAUGAAACAGGAGUUUCAUAAUUGCGAACUGGACCAUUCAUUCCAGGGUAUACUCGAGUACAGAGUGGGCACAACGUAUACAAGUUGGAGCGAGAUGUUCUCCAAGAUGGCCUCAAUCCAGAAAAGACACCGUUUCAAAGAGUUCUACGUCAGCGAUACUACCCUGGAGCAAAUUUUCGUCAGCUACGCAAGAAAGCAGAUAAACUUCUCCAAGGCUAUGGCGAUGGCCAACUGAAUAAAUAACUGAUCGACAAUUUUU